AUGGCUGCCGAGUCGAAGAUGCAAUACGUCAACCUGGGCAAGUCUGGCCUCAAGGUCAGCAAGGUCAUUCUUGGAGCCAUGUCGUACGGCUCGAGCGAGUGGCAGAAGUGGGUGCUUGACGAAGCCGAAGCGCUGCCCCUCUUGAAGCACGCCUACGAUAACGGCAUAAACACCUGGGACACUGCGGAUAUCUACUCGCACGGCCGCAGCGAGGAGAUCAUCGGCAAGGCGCUCAAGCAGUACGCGAUCCCGCGCGAGAAGGUCGUCAUCCUGUCCAAGUGCUACUUCGGCGUGGCCGAGGACGGGACGCAGCCGCCCAUCGCCGUGUCGGGCGUCAACGACGGCGCCGACCUGGUUAACCGCGUGGGCCUGUCGCGCAAGCACAUCCUCGACGCCGUCGACAAGAGCGUCGCCCGCCUGGGCACCUACAUCGACGUGCUCCAGAUCCACCGCCUCGACCGCGGCACGCCCAUGGAGGAGAUCAUGCGCGCCCUCAACGACGUCGUCGAGAGCGGCAAGGUGCGCUAUAUUGGCGCCAGCUCGAUGGCGGCCUGGGAGUUCCAAAUGCUCCAGAACAUCGCCGCCACGCACGGCUGGCACAAGUUCAUCAGCAUGCAAAACUACCACAACCUGCUGUACCGCGAGGAGGAGCGCGAGAUGAUCCCCUACUGCCGCGCCACCGGCGUCGGCAUCAUUCCCUGGUCGCCCAUCGCCCGUGGCGUGCUGGCGCGGCCCUUCGACUCGCGCGGCACCACCGUGCGCGACCAGACCGACAACUUCCUCAACGCCCUCAUCCGUGCGCAGGAGACCGAGACGGAUGCCGCCGUCGUCGGAAGGGUCGAGGAGCUCGCUAAGAAGCGCGGCGUUACCAUGGCCGCCGUCGCCACCGCCUGGGUCCUGUCCAAGGGCGAGUGCCCCAUCAUCGGCCUGUCGACCAAGGACCGCAUCGAAGAGGCAGUGCGGAACAGCAAUUUCGUGUUGAGCGAGGACGAGAUCAAGUACCUCGAGGAGCCUUACAGGCCCAAGACCAUUGCUGGCUAUUAA